AUGGGUUCCGACCUGUCAGCAGACAGCGAUGAAGAUCCACCUACUGUUCUUAAGGUGCACAAGUGGUGGAACGAGCUCAGUCUCUCCUAUCAGUUCCGAUUUGAUAAUAUGCUUUUGAGACUGCGGUCAUGUCUUAUUGAUUGUCGGGAUGAUUACCUCUUGACUGCGAAUAGUCCCGUUACUGACAAAUAUUUGCUGCCGGUACUACGUUUUGCGAACCGUGAUAUCUUUGAUGGGGAGAGUGAUCUUGGGCCUCUGGAACUGAGAGAAGUGGCAAUGACGAAUGUUAUAGGUGAAGCUUUCAUACUGGGAUUCCAUAUUCAUGACAAGACCCGAAGCUGGGAUCCCAAUCCCAAGUUCACCCCACUUAUUGCAAAGCCACCUAUGAACAAGAGGGCCUUGAUAGCUGGGAUAUUCCUGUCCUUCGAAUUGGAGAAAUCUGGCAUAAUACACCGGGAUGACUUGACUAGCGACUCCUACCCUAUUAUGAUUCCCUCGGGAAAUGGGAUCGGAGUGAUUAUCUCAGAACUCAAGCGUUUAUGUAAUGCAACCGGUGCCACGUAUGGCUUCUUGACCGACGAGGUCACCUCUGUCGUCUAUGAUAACUCCACGCCUCAACCGCUGGAACGGGUGAUCCUGCAAGUCGUCGAUCCCACGGACAUAUCCGUCCGUAUGAUGAUGUCAAUCCUGCUAUGGGUUGAAGCAAACCGGUUUGGCAUCCAUGCUACAAGUAUCUCGCCCCGUCCCAGUCCGUACCAGGGCGCCUUGUGGCAACAGUGGCUUAAGGUUCCCAGCAGCGGGAAAAUGGAGGAGCUUGUGCUUUAUACCCGCGCUAUAAGCCCAAAACGCGGUAUUCUCAAGAGAACAUUCUCUGAGUUCGACAUCUACACUCUGCAGCGCUGUCCAGGUGCAUGGGACGGCUUCGUCGAAUGGAAACUGGCCGUGGAAGCAGAGGCGAAGGCAUCGCCAUUGAAAGUUGGAGACACCCUGAAGGUCCAUUGGGAUGCAAUCGAGAAACGAUACAUGCUCUGGCGCGCCGAGCCUGACGCCUACUACCAUGAGAUUCCCGAAGAGUCGGCUCGCAUUGCGCUGCGGUACACCAGACCGAAGGACCGUUCACUUCAGGCUUGGGCGGCCAAAGUGAAGCCCGGUGAACUAUGCUUCAAGAUAGAGGAAGUCAGAAGUGCCGGCUCCGGGCAGUUCUCUCAGGUCUUCUUCGGGAGGUUAUGCGGCAAAGGACCGAUGCUUUGUCUCAAGCUUUUCGAUGAGCGCUACUUCCCUUUUCCUGGUGACCCUAGGGAUAAGGAUGGUCCGAAGGUAAAAUUUGAGACCACGCAUGCAAGCGAGCUGCUCAUGAACCUUCAUUUUGCGGUGGAUAUGAUCCGUCGUGAGGAGUCUGUCUAUGACCGGCUCAAGGACUUCCAAGGCUCUUUCAUUCCACAUUGUUACGGGUUCCAUACUUUCACACUGCCGGGUGACACCUGGACGUUCCCCGGCAUACUCAUGGAGGUGAUCGAGGGACCUGAAUUCGCCGAUUGCGAUCCACGUGGGUGGACCAUGGAGGAGCAACGAGAUUUCGUCACCCAUGUACGGCACUGCGAGCGCGUAUUCAAGUUCGCUGAGAUCGAGCAGACCGACUGGAAUGAAGGGCAGCUGCUGUGCCCCGUGGACUCCUCUGGCCAGCGGCACGCCGUGUUCAUAGAUUUCGCGUUUGCGAAUCAGCGUCUGGGGGAGCAUAGAGGGAAGCCACCCACGGAUGACGCGGUAUUGCUCAAGGUUCUUCUUCUGGAUUCCGCAAUCAAUCCUCAUGUCGUGGAUGAGUGCUGGUUUCCCUUAGUCGACGAAGAGCGGUGA